CCUAAAUCCCGGGCGUGAGCUCCCCUAUUAUCCAACCAUCAUAUUCGAGUAACCACACUCAUUCUACACUGUAACCAUGCCCACGAAGAGAUCCACGCCAAUGAAGCAAGGCACCCUUGCGUUCACCGCCGGGAGGCGCACAGCUACCACUGGUUCAAAGGGUAAAGUGUCUCGACCAACGACCAAGCGGACGCUAUCCUCCUCCGCCGAACCGACCAUCCCGGACGUCAUCGAGAUAGACGGUAGCGACCAUGACGUUUUACCCGAUGAAAUCGAGAGCGACAGUGACUUCGAGACGACGCGGCAGGGCAAGAGAAAGUCCGCACCUGCUGGGGAGAGCAUCAGCGAGCCCGAGGAGGCUGAGCCUGCACCGAAGAGGCGGAAGCUGCGGGGUGCGGCCGCGGGCAAGAAGGGCGUGUUUGGGUCGCGCGACGGCACGGAAAACAUCGAGAAGACUGAGGCUGGAGUUCUGCCCGUGAAGGCAAAGGCGAGGAGUGCGAAGGCGCGCACAAGUAUAGAGGGGUCAGGCCAGCUAGCCCGGAUCACGAAGAAGGGCGAGCUGGACGACCUACCGAAGGAUGGACGGUGGACAAAACAUUACGGUGCUGUGAGGGAGAAGAUGGGGAAUCUUGAGCCUGUCCAUGGUGAAGGCCGGUCGCCUGUUGAUCACAUCCUACGCGUUUUUGAUAUGUCGUACGAGUAUGGACCAUGCGUAGGCGUCACCCGUUUGGAAAGGUGGAAUCGUGCAGAGGCUCUUGGUCUUAACCCCCCUCCUGAGGUUAAGGAGAUUCUAUUGACUAAGGCGGGUAGCGAGGAUACGCGCUUCACCGAAUGUGUCUUCCAUGGAGAGGUGUAGCGCUCUCCGCACAAUCGCCUCUUCAUGUUGUGUCGCUUGUUCUGUGCUUUGUCUGCUUCGCUGCUCGCCGUGUUGUCUGUCUCAAGUGCCUCGUGGACUGUACUUUGCUCUGUGUACACUACCGACUGUUGUGCUACAAGUAACGAAUAUAUCCUUCGCAAUACUGGCGCUGGACAGCGCCCAGACCCGCGGGGGAAACGUGGAGAUUUGCUUCCACGGACAGUGUGUUGAUUGGUUCAUCAAAC